AUGUCUAACAAUCUCCGUAUCCUCUACUGGAACUGCCGGGGCGCCUCUAAAAAACGCCUCGAACUCCUUGAAUUAGUUCAAAGGAAAAACAUCGACAUUAUUUUACUCAAUGAAACGCAUCUUAACAACUCCCAACAAUUCAAACUUCCAAACUUCCACUCAUACAUCACUAAUCGCCCCCAACGGCUUGGACAUCCUGCGUGGGGAGGCACUGCCAUACUUAUAAAUCGAAAAAUUGUUCACCACCAGAUUAAGAUCACUACAUCAUCAAUUGAAAAUACCUCAAUCCAAAUUCAAGUAGGCAACAAAGAAUUAAGAUUAUCAGCGGUCUACAAAAAACCUGAUACCCUACUUCUUACUUCAGACCUAGAAUCUCUGCUUGAUACUUCACACUACGUCGCCAUAGCAGGCGACUUAAACGCCAAACACCAAUCCUGGAACAGCAGGAGACAAAACACAGCAGGAAACACGCUCGCCAAUUUCGCAGACAAGAGAAGGGACAUAACCAUAGCUGCCCCGACUUCGCCCACUCACUAUCCUGAUAACCCGACCCACAAUGCUGAUAUACUGGACAUAGCUAUUCUCAAAACAGGGAAUCUAAGGUAUACAAUAGAAAAUCUCACAGCCGAACUUUCUUCCGAUCACACCCCUAUAAUUCUUGAGUUACAAGCCCAAGGCACUCAAACCUUACCACCUAAAGUUUUUAAACAUACAGAUUGGACCAAAUUCAAUCUUGAUACCAAAAACAUAAUCUUUGAUCACAAGAAAAUGCAAACUUCGGAACACGUCGACCAAGCUAUCACUGAACUUACAGCAAAAAUAGCUGACCUCGCAAACAGAAACACCCAUGUUACUAACACAAAAGAUCAAAUCCGCAACCUACCCAUCAACAUCCUAAACGCAAUCCACAAAAAACGCAAACUGAGGAAGAACUGGCAACACACAAGAAACCCAGACGUUAAGACGCUACUCAACAGACAAACAGCCCUAGUUCAUGACCUAAUACAAUCACACAGAGACAACGAAUGGGUCAACUUUCUGAGCAACAUUGAUCCCACAAGUGAAGGCUGGACAAAAAUCUAUAAAUUAAACAAAAAACUCAUGCACAAACGACCAGCUGUACACCCUCUUUCGGACAAUCAAAAUAUUCUACACUAUGACGCAGCCGCCAAAUCGGAAAUAUUCGCUGAUUCAAUGGAAAAACAAUUCCAAACACCAGACCACACAACCCAGACGGAUGAAUUAGUCAAGAAUGCCAUUGAAGAACAUUUUAAAAUACCUUAUACCAAAAACAUUUUCUUCUCCCCCGGAGAAAUUCAAUACACUAUAAAGAAACUACCAAGUCAAAAAGCACCAGGUCCAGAUCAAUUAACUAACGCCUGUCUCAAACAUUGUGACAGGAAAGUGCUACUACAACUAUGUAACAUUCUCAACACCUGCACGAGACUGGAAUACUUCCCACAAAAAUGGAAGCACGCCACCAUAAUCAUGAUCCCAAAGCCAGGAAAGGACGUCAAACGACCAGUUAACCACAGACCAAUAUCUCUAUUAAACACGCUGGGGAAGGUUUAUGAAAAACUGAUCCUUAAUCACUUGCAACACUACUUAAAGGACCAUAUUAGACCCGAACAAUUUGGAUUUCGGCCAAGCCAUAGUACCACCACCCAACUUGUCAAAAUAGUUGAUGAAAUCUCAAUAAAUCUAAACAAAAGGGCAAAAACAGCCACAGCAUUUAUAGACAUCGAAAAAGCCUUCGACAAAGUCUGGCAUCAAGGUCUGAUCUACAAACUAAUUCAAUUUCAAUUACCAAUUCAGCUGCUUAAACUCCUCCAAUCAUUCCUCCAACUCAGGACAUUCGAAGUAAGAGUCAACGACUCAACGUCAUCAUGUAGACCUAUACUCGCCGGUGUACCGCAAGGAUCGUGCUUAUCCCCUCAGCUCUUCUCGGCCUACAUUAAUGACAUGCCCCAGCACAAGGAUUCAAAGACGGCUCUAUUUGCAGACGAUACCAUGUUUUACGCUUCCGGACCCACCACUAACUGCGCCGUUAAAAGACUACAAAAUCAAAUAGAUCUAACCUCCACAUGGUUCAAAGAUUGGAAGGUAACAAUAAACCCUACUAAAACUACAGCAGUUCUAUAUGCAAACAAAAUACCUUAUCACACAAAAAAUAUACUAAUGGAAGGCAACACUAUAAAAUGGUCCACCAAAGCCAAAUACCUAGGAGUAACAAUUGACUCCAAACUACACUUCACUUCCCACAUCACAGACACAAUGAACAAAACUAAAGCUGCAAAACACUGCCUAUUUCCAGUUAUCAAUAAAAACAGUCCGAUUCCCCUUAAUAUGAAAUUAUAUAUAUACAAAACCUACCUAAGGCCAAUUCUUACAUACGCAGGACCAGCGUGGGCCUCCAACAUAUCAGAAAAUUCUUGGAAAAAACUGGAGAGCACCCAAUCAGGCUUUUUAAGAAACAUCACAGACAGUCAAUGGUUUGUAAGAAACUCAACAAUCAGGAACUCUGCUGAAAUCCCAUCCAUCAGAAAAUAUAUACAGACCGAGACAUCAAAAUUAAAAUCCACCAUCACAAGUUCAAAAUUCUCACACAUCUCAAAUAUAAGCAGAAGAACCUCGCCUAAACAAUUAUUCAUAAACAGACCAAUCUCCUUCUAA